AUGCAGAGAUAUCGUCUUCGUGAAGAGCUAAUGGACUUAGCUCACACCGCUGUCAGCAGUGUGGAGUGGACUCCACCUGCUAAGCUCCCACUUGGGGAGCCUCGCAAGCCCGCCUCUAGAUCUCCAGCACGAAAGUCCUCGGAGACAGAUCUCACCGGGGUCAACAAGCCAAAGUUGGCUUGCACCAUUGGAGUCCGCCGUGUCUCGGUCUUCAAUCCGAACAAGGCCUCUACCAGCAAGCCUAAAAGAAAGGCUGCUGGCACGCCUGAAGAGCCAAUCGAAAGUGGCUCCGAUGAGACAGCAAUGACGAAGACUGACGAGGAAGAAGAAAGCUCCCCUGAGGGGCGCGUGGUCCAGUGCCAAAUCUUGCACAUCCCACUUGGGUGUGCUCUUCGCGGUAAAGUCGUCCACAGUGACAAGAUCACUGGCGAGGAUGGCAAGGUCGUACCUUGCCUCCUCUGCAAGGUCGAACGCACACUUGAAGUGCGUACGGUCAAAGGGAAGAAGUACUUCUUCCCGACCAAGAUCUUCACUCCCAGCGACAAGAUGGUGAAGAGAGUCGGCGGGGAGGUGAUCUCGGGGGUCCCCAAUGUCUACGGGGACGCCCCUUACAAUGCCGACUGGACACACGAGGAGAGGGGCGAACUGCCCAGAGAAGUUACCCUCUAUACCGGAAGGGCAUGCCUCAGGGGAAUUCGGUUCCCAUAUCGAGACGUCAUGGGAGACGUCUCGAUGGCUGAAUCGACAUUCAGCUAUAAUGACUUCGUUACCGAGGCUCAAGGGGGGAUCAUUGGGACGAUCCCCGCCUACAAAUUCACUUCUCGUCCCAUUCGAUCGAGUCGGUCAUCCGACUCAGACACUACUGCUGGCCCAGAUAAGGGAAAAAAUCCCACCAAGCCAUCCCGCGGAACUUUCAAGAAACCCCUCUUGGAAUACAAACGGCCCGUCAUUCACAUCGUAUCUAACGGGAUUUGUCACACAAACGUCCUAGGGCCGAGCUUGGGCCAUUUUAAUCCUCCCAAUCUCACUUGCACCUGUGGAAAGAUUCGAGCUUCCCUUAGCCCCCCCGAAGGCGUGCCUUCGUCUGGAACUGCGACCACGACCACAGCCUCCCAACCUCAAGGCCAACCGGCCACGCAAGCUUCUUCAGCUUUUUUGACUCCACCGAAGAGCCCUAACACCCAAUCCAGGAAGAAGAGAAAGAGUGCUUUCGUCACCAAGGUUGCCGGCAAGACAAAAUCCAAACGCCAGAAGGUCAGCAAGGAAGCUGAUCCUUCGCAAUCCUGCGACUCAACGUCCACUUCGGGCCCAUCUUCAGUUCCUUCAUCCGAGAAAAAGCGAAAGCACGACGCAGUCGACGGUGAAGACCAAGAGCCAAAGUCCAAGUUCCCGAGAAUCCGUCUCAUUGUUAGAAACCUAGGUGAAGCCGAGGCCAUUGGCUCCCCAUCGGCCAUUUCUGCUCACACAAACCCUGAGACAACCAAUUCCGUUCAGCCAAGCUCCGAGACGGCUAAUACGCAAGAAGCAGCUAGCGGAGAGCCAUUGGUACGAAGAAUCAGAAUCAAGUUCAAACGUGACGACCAGGAUAACGAAAAAGUCUCAUCACCCCCCAAGCCUUCCAAUCCGACGAAGAGGCCUCGCCGGAAGCGGGCCGAUUAA